AUUAAAAUAAACAAAAUGUAUUAUAUUUUAUCAAAAAUUUCAUCAUUUGCGAAGAUUUCGUACCGACAUAUAUAUAAGAACAUAACCUUUAAUACAAUGAAGCAAAAACGUUUUUGGCAAUUUUUACCAUUUAUGAUACUUGUUAUAGGAGGUACAUUUUUUAUUCAGGAAUUUGUAAGCCUAAAAUAUAAGUAUCCAAAAGUUACAUCCUACGAUUUGAAAAUAGAAACUAAAAAACGAGGUAUUGAAAUGAAAAAAAGUCGUACUCUUGAAGAGGAAUAUAAGCUAAUAGAACUUGAUAUUUCUAGACCUUGGAUAUUGAUAAUUGGGAAAACGUUCGUAUACCACGACCAUGGGAGGAUUCAAGUAUGACAAACAAAUGAAAUUGUAAAAAGAAUUUACUUUAAAAAAAAUAUAUGUACAUUGUAUGUAUAUAAAAGUAUAUUUAUAACAAAUUGUUAUCUAUAUUAUAUUAUAGUUACGAUAAAAUCUGUAUUAAAAUCUCUUGAGUAUUCUUCAUACA